UUCUUAUAUCGAGUCUAGGGAUUGAGUUACAUUAUGAUGCGUUCAAGCUCUAUUCAGUAAAAAUGAGUAUUAAAUGCAGGUAAAUUCUAAUGUUAUGCGUGUGUUCACAUGUAGUCUUUUGGUGAGAAGCUUGAAUAUAUCUAGUUCUUUGAAGAAGCUGUUUUCACAGCAAUAUGAAAUAAAUAUUAGAGAGAUUUUCUUUUCUUUUAUUGCGAGACAAGAGACGAUACAUAAACAUAAGAGGACGACAAGAACAGUGAGACACAGGCCAGCUGACAUCAUAAAGUCAGUGUGUGUGUGUGUGUGUGUGUGCCUGAGCCCUCUGAAGUGAAAGGAAAGUACAUAAAUGAAAGGGCAAAUUACAUAAAUAAUAACAUCCGUAAAAAUGUGCAUUCAACGUAACAAAAUAAAAUAACAGAUUAGAGAGAUUUUUAACGUACUGGCAUCUUAUCGGAUCUCGGUAUCGGCCUAUACUUAGAUAUCGGUAUCGGGAACGAACAAACGGCAUCUGAGCAUCUCUGAUUUUUAGACUUAAAAGAAGAUUAAAAUGUUUUCUCGUGAACUGUGCCGAUGUUUCUUUCUUUUUUUAGGACUGGCUCUGGACCGCUACACUCACUUCACCUCGCCCAUCCGCCGCUAUGCCGACAUCGUGGUGCACCGCCUCCUCGCCGCGGCCCUCGACGUGGACCGAGGGUUGGACCCCCGCAGAGCAGUGGCCGGUAACAAAGAACUGGAGGAAGCGGCUCAUCAUAUCAACAACAAGAACCGGGCGGCCCAGCAGGCCCAGAAGCUGUCCACGGAGUUGUUUCAGUGUCUCUACUUCAAAGACAGAGACCCUCAGUCGGACCGGCGCUGUGUGGCCGACGCCGUCAUCUACUCCAUCCGAGACAACGGCGUGUUGGUGUUUGUCCCCGAGUACGGUGUUAAAGGGCCGGUGUACAUGAAGAAUCGAGAGUUAGCUAACAUGUAA